AUGGUCUUCGGUGAGAUCACCACCAAGGCUCGUCUUGACUACCAGAAGAUCAUCCGUGAUGCCAUCAAGGACAUCGGAUACGAUGACUCUGCCAAGGGCUUUGACUACAAGACCUGCAACGUCCUUGUUGCCAUCGAGCAGCAGUCCCCCGACAUUGCCCAGGGUCUUCACUACGAUGAGGCCCUGGAGAAGUUGGGUGCUGGUGACCAGGGUAUCAUGUUCGGAUAUGCCACCGACGAGACCCCUGAACUCUUCCCAUUGACCAUCCAGCUUGCCCACAAGCUCAACCGUGCCAUGAAGGAUGCCCGCAAGGACGGCUCCCUCCCAUGGCUCCGCCCUGACACCAAGACCCAGGUCACCAUUGAGUAUGCUCAUGACAACGGUGCCGUCAAGCCCGUCCGCGUCGACACUGUCGUCGUCAGUGCUCAGCACAGUGAGGAAAUCACUACCGAGGUCCUCCGAAAGGAGAUCCUCGAGAAGAUCAUCAAGAAGGUCAUCCCUGCCAACCUUCUCGACGACCGCACCAUCUACCACAUCCAGCCAUCCGGCCUCUUCAUCAUCGGUGGUCCCCAGGGUGACGCCGGUCUCACUGGCCGUAAGAUCAUCGUCGACACCUACGGUGGUUGGGGUGCUCACGGUGGCGGUGCUUUCUCCGGAAAGGACUACUCCAAGGUCGACCGCUCUGCUGCCUACGUCGCCCGAUGGAUCGCCAAGUCCAUCGUCCACUCUAAGCUCGCCCGCCGUGCCCUCGUCCAGCUUUCCUACGCCAUCGGUGUUGCCGAACCUCUCUCCAUCUUUGUCGAGACCUACGGCACCUCUAGCAAGACCUCCGACGAGCUCGUCGACAUCAUCCGAAAGAACUUUGACCUCCGUCCUGGUGUCAUCGUCAAGGACCUCGACCUCGCCAAGCCCAUCUACUUCCAAACCGCCAAGAACGGUCACUUCACCGACCAGAGCUUCUCCUGGGAGAAGCCAAAGACCCUCAACUUCUAA